AUGGUCGAUCAAAACGCUUCACAGGGGCAAAGUUUUGGCGUGGCUCUUCCGGAUCAAGUAGAGAGGAUAUCCUGUUUCUUUGACGCACAUCUUGAGAUAUGGGAGCUUUACACGGCCCGCAUCGCCUUGGAACGCGAGUUUGCAUCCAAGCUUCAGGUUUUGGCUCGUAAAGCAUUGGAGAAGAAAGCUAAAGCGUUGUCGGUUUACGUCUUUGGAAGCGAUCCCACCAAAUCAUGGGAUACCAAUAUGCUCAAACAAUGCACCCUAGAAAACGCUUAUGAGGGACUCAUAAUGUCCUUAAGUACCACUGCUCAAGAUCAUAUUAACUUUGCGGACGGGAUGACAUCCCAGACAGUUGAAAUCUUAAGAAUUCUUGAGAAGAGAAACAAAGAAUCAAAGAAAAAAGAGAUGGCAUUUUUCCAAAAGUUGCUUUCUGAUUGGGAUCGUGUUUAUGCCGACCGCAUUAAGUACAACAAAGAUUGCGCUGAAGUUGAAUCAUUCCAACAGAAGCAGGGGCAUGCAAGCGAUGAUAAACACACCAAACGUGCAGUGAGGCAAGCCGAACAGCAACAAAACAAUAUGUUGAACUCUAAGAAUCGACAUUUUGGACAUUCAAGCUCUUACUUGAUUUCGAUUGCCAUUGCUAAUCAAGCAAAGGGAAAAUUUUACAAUGAAGACGUGCCUACUUUUGAGAAUAUGGAUAUACUAUGGUUCAAUUUGGAAGAUUACUACUCCAGGCUAACUUCCGCAAUCAAAAUCAGGAGCUUCCGCUGUCUCAUAGAACAUUUUGUCAAGAUUGUCGUUCAUUGUCAAAAUUUGCAAUUGACGCAUCUUGACACACUCAAAUCGCAAAUCACUGAUACACUUGCCAAAUUUGAACAAGUUGACAUUGUCAAGGAUCAGGAUCUUUUUAUUGACCAUAACAGAAGGGUGUUCAUUGCGCCUGAAGAUUGGACUUUUGAACCCUGUUCUGUGCACUAUGACACAGAUGCAAUGAGUACAGAACCGGCGCCGAAGGUCUUCAUCCAGAAUAAAUUGAGAUGUACCCAGGAAAAAUUGGAGGAACUCACACCCUUGACGGAGUCUAAGUGUAUGGAAAAAGACAUAAUUAUGAUUACUGCGCACUGA